AUGGGGAAGAUUGACAUGGACAAGAUCCUCAUUUUCAAUCAAGAAAUCAGGCUGUGGCAGCUUAUAAUGGCAACCCCUGAAGAAAACAGCAAUCCCCAUGACAGAGCGACACCCCAGCUGCCAGCACAGCUGCAGGAGCUUGAGCAUCGGGUGGCCCGGAGACGGCUGUCCCAGGCCCGCCACCGAGCCACCCUGGCAGCGCUCUUCAAUAACCUCAGGAAGACAGUGUACUCUCAGUCUGAUCUCACAGCCUCAAAGUGGCAGGUUCUGAAUAAGGCAAAGAGUCAUAUUCCGGAACUGGAGCAAACCCUGGAUAAUUUGCUGAAGCUGAAAGCAUCCUUCAACCUGGAAGAUGGGCAUGCAAGCAGCUUAGAGGAGGUCAAGAAAGGAUACGCCAGCAUGUAUUCUGGAAAUGACAGUUUUCCUCAGAAUGGUUCCUCCCCUUGGUAUCUCAACUUUUACAAACAGACGAUGGACCUUCUGACUGGCAGCGGGAUCAUUACCCCGCAGGAGGCGGCGCUGCCCAUCGUCUCCGCGGCCAUCUCCCACCUGUGGCAGAACCUCUCGGAGGAGAGAAAGGCCAGCCUCUGGCAGGCCUGGGCGCAGAAGCACCGCGGCCAUGCGACCCUGGCGGAGGCCUGCCGAGAGCCGGCCUGUGCUGAGGGCAGCGUGAAGGACAGCGGUGUGGACAGCCAGGGUGCCAGCUGCUCGCUGGUCUCCACGCCCGAGGAGAUCCUUUUUGAGGAUGCCUUUGAUGUGGCAAGCUUCCUGGACAAAAGUGAGGUUCCGAGUACAUCUAGCUCCAGUUCAGUGCUUGCCAGCUGCAACCCAGAAAACCCAGAGGAGAAGUUUCAGCUCUAUAUGCAGAUCAUCGACUUUUUUAAAGGCCUUAGCUGUGCAAACACUCAAGUAAAGCAGGAAGCAUCCUUUCCCGUUGACGAAGAGAUGAUCAUGUUGCAGUGCACAGAGACCUUUGACGAUGAUUUGUAAUGCAGAAGAGGAGCUGCGAGGGGAGGGACUGAACGAGGUGGGCAGUUCCCAAGGUUGAAUGCUGGCAGCUAAGGUUGCACCUGCCUUGGCCUCCAAGACUCUUUGGAGUGGGUUGUUCCAGAAGCAUUUUGAUGAUUUUAGUUUCUGAUUAUUAUAAAGUAUAAGAGAAGC